AUGGAAGAAAAGACUGUUGGAGUUACAUCGAAUAGUGGUGGAAGUAGUAAAAUUGAAUAUGAUCAAUUGGAGGAUGGGCUUUCGAGAAUAAUAAAAAAACAAAAAACAAGUUUAUCCAAAACUAUAACAGAAAUCGAUACGAUCAUAUCAAGUUUAAAAACAUGUAAACAAGUUUUAUCAUUAAGUGAUAGCACUGAUGCAGAGUUAACGCCAAUGGACACAUCAAAUAACACCUCUAAUACUAGAAGCAAUAAUGAAAUGGUUAGAAAGGCAAUAUUAAAAUUAAAUCAAUCAGUAAUCGAUUCUAAUAUUUGGACAAAAGUUGUAAACGAACAUAAAGAACUACAUGCCCCUAUUAGCAAAUUUGGUAAACUAGUUGAUAAGAAUUUUAGAAGCGAUAUAGAAAAUUCAUCAAAAGAUAUCGAUUUUGAUAUUGAUAUUUUAAAUAAUAUAAUUUUACAUCAUUUAUAUAGAAUUGGUAAGUUUGAAAUUGGCGAUGUUUUUGCAAAAGAGAUUGGGACAAGUACAGAGUUUUCGACAUCGAUCAAAGAGAAAUUUAGAGAUCACCAUAGAAUAUUAAGCUCGAUAGAUCAAUACAAUUUAGAACCUGUCAUAGAGUGGUGUAAAAAGAAUAAUGAAGAGCUGGGAUUAAUCGAUAGCAGCUUAGAGUUCAAACUAUAUAAAUUGCAAUUCAUCCAUCUCUUAAAGAAUGGUAAACAGCAAGAAGCAUUGCAAUACGCACGUACCUAUUUAUCAAGACUUUCAAACACCCAUAUGAAGGAACUCCAGCAUCUAAUGGGAACCUUUGCAUUUGCCCAUAAAUUAGAAAACUCACCAUAUCGCUCAAUGUUUGAAGAGCAGGCGUUCAAUGAACAUUGGGCUGAAAUUAGAAGCACAUUUUCAAGAGACAACUGUUCAUUAAUGAAUAUACCACAAGAUUCACCACUAUCCAUUGCUGUUACCGUCGGUAUGAAGUCAUUACCAACUCUUUUAAAACUCUCUUCUUUUAGUAUACUCAAAGGUGUAAAUGACGAUUCCCUCACGGUCGAGAUUCAAGUGGAUGAAAAAUAUAAAUUCCAUAGUAUUUUUGCUUGUCCAGUAUCUCGUGAACAAAGUACUCCAACCAAUCCACCUGUAAUGCUUCAAUGUGGUCAUUUACUUUGUAAAAACUCAAUGCAAAGAUUAUUAAAAGGAUCUUCAAAUAGAUUUAAAUGUCCAUAUUGUCCAACCGAGCAAAAUUUAUCAAAUGUAAAAACUGUAUAUUUUUAA